AGACAAACACGGAGACAAACUUGGUCCAACAGCCGGUGAAAACUUGAUAUUUAGAGAGGAGAGAGGGCUACUUUGAGGAGAAAAUGCGUCUCAUCGCAGUGAUUGUCCUUUUGGGGACAGGACUGACGGUAAACUGUGAGAAUCAUUCCCUUACCUACAUCUACACGGCCUUAUCCAAACCAGUCAAACUCCCAGGCUUCCAUGAAUUCACAGCCAUGAGUCUGAUGGACGACAGGAUAAUCGACUACUUCGACAGUGAUCUCCAGAAGAAGGUUCCCAGACGGGCGUGGAUGAGAGAGCAAAUGGACGAAGACUACUGGGACGAAGAAACACGGUCCCUCCAGAGCACGCAGCAGUGGCUCAAAGAUAAAAUCCAAAUCCUGAAGAAGAAGAUGGGACAGAAUGACUCCGACGUCCAUGUUCUCCAGUGGAUCCAUGGCUGUGAAGCUGAAUCAGCGCCUGACAGCGGUAUUAAGUUUGUCCGUGGCAUGGACAGAUUCUGCUAUGAUGGAGAAGACUUGCUGUCCAAUGAUGACACCCUGACUGAAGCAGCAGUCCCAACCAAGAGGAAGAGGGAUGAUGUCCAAGUCCUGAAAGAAUACAUAUACACCGAAGGCCCCAUGGAGAACGAGUGCAUGGAUUCGCUGCGCAAGUUCAUGAGUUAUGAAAAAAAGCAGCUAAUGAGUGCCCGUUUGUAUUUACAUUAUCAUUCAGUAACCAUAAUCUUCAAAUCCAGACAUGUUUUUGUUAAAAUGUAACUUUUUAAACUGAUCUAACUUCAUGGUUUCUUCCUCCAGCUGCUCCAAAG